AUGGAGACCACGUCAGACAAUCUAGAAGAGUGGGAAAAUGUGUCUGCUGGGUUGACUGAACUGUCAGACCAUCGGAAAAUCGGUUUCUUCCAACAUUACCAUCUCCUGCUCUGGAAGAGUUUCCUCCUUCGACGUCGUCAGCGUCUCUUCCUCAUCUCUGAACUCCUCCUACCCCUGAUCAUUCUACUUGUCCUCGUUGGAAUGCGUCAUGUUGAAAAACCUACCGUCUAUCCGCCCUGUCACAUCACCUCCCAACCCCUACCCAGCAUGGGCUUUUUCAAAUACCUACGCUCCCUCAUCUGUAGCCCAAAUCUCACCUGUACAGCCUACGACGAUGACCGAUCCAAUGGAAACAUUUUCGGCCUGCCCACUUGGCUGAACGACCUAGCCGACCUGAGCCAAUCAUAUUUAAGCGGCCUUCCUGACAUGACAUCUGUCAUUCACCUGCUGUCUGAAGACACUCUGAGGAAGAGUCUCGAACAAGCUACAGUCGUUGGUAACGACCCAACCUUGACAAAUACAAUGGACCUCAUUGAGGCUCUUGGUUGCGACGAGAAGACCUUUAGCCUACUCAGUGUCAUCACGUCGCAGCAGCAUGUGACAACGCUGGCUAGAGCCUACUGCCUCUUGCCGGUGAGGCCGAGAAGGUUACUGCGCAAUGCCCUGGAGGGUCGCCUCGCCGCCUCUGGUGACAGUCCUUUUACCGUCGCCGAUGGUCUUCUGGGAGCCUUCAGCGUCUUGGCAAGCUCGUACUCUUCCGUUCGCUCCACCGAUCAGACGGCCAAUAAGACACGCAAUAUCACAGCACUGCUAGAGGCCGUAAAACUCGUCUCCAUCCCCAUCUGUGGCAGUCGUCCAGGUCAGAAUGACUUUCUUAACCUCGCCGAUCUGCUGUCCACACAAAGUGGUAAACCCCCAAUGGGCAGCUCAAAAGAUAGUGCCUCUAGCCUUAGUCAGUAUCUUGUCGACGUCCCCACAAAUGCAACAGCCUGUUCCGCCCUCAAUGCUAUCUUUGCUGUCGAACCGAUGCGCCCAUUAACUCUAAGACUACAAACUCUGAUGCAGGGACGCAUUUUGUACCAUCCUGUCACACCGCUUACCCAGCGAAUCGUCAGCGGAGCCAAUCAGACGACGAGGAUGUUCGAACGCCUCAAGGUCGCCUCCGGUGUAUGGGUGAACAUGGAGGCUGAAGUUCUGCCAAAGAUAUUUGUGAAUAGCACCCUGGUCAGGCAACUGCGUAGACUGGCUGCCGUCUGUUUACUUUUACCCAACCAACCGGCCAACGUAACCGAGAGUUGCCGCCGUCUAAAAUACUUUCUGCAAGAGGACAAACAACCACCGACUAAACCGGACGCAAACACCACGUCCUAUCUCCAUUGGUCAGAUUUGAUUGAACCAAUCAGAGCUCUUAGCGCUGCGGUGGACAACAUCCUCUCCAGUUGCAUCAAUUACGAUCGCUUUGUUGGCUACUCCAACUCCACUCUGAUGGAGGAGACGGCGGAGAACCUUAGUGUUGCCGGUCAGCCCGUGAUGAUGUUAUUUUUUGAUGAGGCACCAGCCAUCUCUGCUGAUCUGAGCGACCUCAAUUCCACCCUCCUAAUUACUCGACUUCGCCUGCCUGUUUCUCUAGUGGACCCAACCAGUAAGUUCAGAGUCCUUGACAUAUAUUCUACACCUCCGCCACGCAAUCGACUCAGUGAUUCUAUGAAAUACUUUACAAGUGGUUUCAUCGAUGUACAGGAACAGAUUGCACGCUCAUACAUCAAAAUUGUUGGUGGCCCGAAAACUGAUACCAACGGGAGCAAUCUCUACUCGAAUCUCCUACUUCCGGUAGAAAUGAAAUUUGUACCCGGUCCCUGUUAUCAGGUGGACCCAAUGCUUCAUCACUUCGCCUUUAAUCUGCCCAUGAUCAUAGUCAUUAUUUGGAUCUGCAAUGUGGUCUUUGCUGUGCGUGCCAUCGUCUACGAGAAGGAGUGUCGCUUGAAGGAAUUCACCAAGAUCAUGGGUAUGGGCAAUCUGGUGCAUUGGCUGAAUUGGUGGACGGUCAGUUGUGUCAUGAUGGGCACUUCUAGCCUAUGUGCAGCUUUUUUGCUCAAGUUUGGAGGUAUUUAUCCACAUGGCGACUUCUUCGUUAUUCUCUCCUGUCUUCUAGCCUACCUGUGGGCUAUCAUUCCACAGGCUUUCUUCGUUUCCGUCUUCUACACGAAAACUGACAUCGCUGCUGUAGUUUCGGGUUUAUCCUAUUUCAUAAUAUUUCUACCCUACGCUCUCGUCCUUCUGUACUACCUCGACUACAAACUGUUGUCUGCGCUCUCACUUUGCCCACAAGUUGCACUUGCGUUGGCUUUUUUUCGUCUGGGAGACCUAGAGCGGACGGGACAGGGCGCGCAAUGGAACAAUCUGUGGGGUACGGAGCUCACUAAUGAGACAUUUACGCUAGGAAACUGUCUAGUUAUGCUGUUCAUAGACGGCCUUCUAGCUUUGCUCUGUACGGCCUACCUGGAGGCCGUCUUACCGAGUACCUACGGCGUUCCCCGAAAGUGGUACUUUCUUUUCACUAGUGCCUUUUGGAAGGACGUCUGUGACAAUUGUUGCUGUCAUCCCAAAAGAAAAAGCGUGCUCAGUGGAGACCUUCCGCCAUCGUCAGCGUCGUCGUCACUGUCCUUGUCGUCAUCCUAUAUGCCACAGCAAGCAUCAUCGCCACAAUUCUACGAUCAGUUCCACGAGCCUCCGCCAGAUAAAAAUUCCGUUGGCGUAUCGAUCCGCGGUCUAACUAAGACCUAUCGCGGUGGGAAACAGACGGCCGUCAACAAUUUGUGGGCCGACUUCUAUGAGGGUCAAAUCACCUCCUUCCUGGGUCAUAACGGAGCUGGCAAGACCACAACCAUGUCAAUUCUCACUGGCAUCUAUCCGGCCUCCAGUGGAGACGCUUAUAUUUGCGGCAAAAAUAUCAGGACGGAAAUGUCAGCCAUCCGAACGUUUCUGGGUCUCUGUCCUCAACAUAACAUCCUCUAUGAUCGCUUAACCGUGAGGGAACACAUCCGUUUCUACGGUUCGAUUAAGGGCCUCUCGAAGGAAGAGUUGGCAGAGGAGACGAAUGCCUUCCUUCAGCAGCUGGACCUCGUAGACAAGGCGGACGACCUGAGCCAGAGUCUCUCUGGUGGUCAAAAAAGGCGCCUCUCUCUGGCAGCAGCCUUCAUUGGUGGCUCCAAAAUAGUGUUCCUGGACGAGCCCACAGCAGGCGUAGAUCCACACUCUCGACGGUCUAUCUGGCAGUUAAUUCUACGCUUCCGGGCGUCGCGCACCAUCAUUCUGACCACACAUCACAUGGACGAGGCGGAUGUCCUUGGCGACCGCAUCGUCAUCAUUUCACAGGGUCACCUCAAGGCCAGUGGAUCGAGCCUCUUCCUCAAGUCAAACUUUGCCAAAUCCUACUACCUCACUGUGGAGAAGGCUACAGAGGAGAAAUCUCAGCUGAUGCUGUCUUCUGAAGAGUUGGAUCGACAGUUGGUGGAAUGUUUGGCUGGCCAGUUGUCGGGCGUUCAGCUGAUCACAUCUAACCCAACCGAAUGGGUGUUCGCUCUGCCCGCCCAGCAUGCUUUGGACGGUGGAUUCGCCGAAUUUUUCGCCUUUCUGGACUCCAAUCGGGUGGAAUUUCGCGAACGCUUUGGUUUCGCACAAUACGGCCUUGCUGAUACUACCCUAGAGGAAAUAUUUCUUCUCCUCUCCGAAGACCCAAGUGAGGCCGUGCGUUUUCCAUUACCAGAAGAUGGAGUCAAAUGUCACUCGAGAUUGCGUGGUCGUCGACGCCGUCACUGGAGUCGAGGACGUCUACGUCCUGUCGGAAUCCCUCAGUUCGAGACGGGUCGGCCGGAUGAGAAAAAGACGGAAGAAUAUGACUCCACCUGUCCGACAAAUAGGGCAGUGAUCCCGUUGAAGGAAAGUAGUAACACCGGCAGCAUCGGCGAGCGCAGUCAGGGUUCCCCUGCCGAUUUAAGGUUAGCGCCUUCCGACCUUCAGCCCCUAAAAGGAGCUCAGCUUUAUGCGCAACAGAUGAAAGCCUGUCUGGGGAAACGCCUGCGUUACGUGCAGCGUAGCAAGCGUGGCUGGUUUCUGGAGAUGGUUCUACCCGUGUGCACAGUCGUUAUCCUCAUGGCGGUGACAACAAGCUAUCAAAUUGCGAACGAGGAGCCCAACAUGCCGCUUCAUCCCUGGCUCAUGGCUGACAUCGGAAAUCCACCGCAACUGCGCACCUUCUACUCAACAAAUGUCUGGGCGACGAAAUCCACCGAGCAGGAUGGCAAUAGUAGUAGUCAGUCUGCCCUCUCUGAUAUUCGCCGAGUCUCCCAAGUCUAUACUGACCACCUUCUCUCUCGAACCGGUUGGUCUGGUGCUAAAUGCCUCCCCUCUAGCGUCUACAAGUUCAUACCCUCCAAGUUUGCUGGCUGCUCAUAUUCCUACUCCCCACCGGGUGGUGAUGAAUUUAAACUGACUAGUGAUCAGCUAGAGACAGUUCGGGCCUCCACGAACCGCACUUGUUACUGUGCCAAUGACGGUCGUUUUCUGUGUGACCUGGAGGCAGUGGGCGGAUUUGAACCACCAACCUGGCCACUGGCCACUUCGGACAUACUUUACAAUCUCACCGGCUACAACAUUUCCGACUACCUGCUGAAGACGCGCUUUAGUUUUAUCCUCAAGCGCUACGGUGGCCUGGAAUUUGUGGCUAUCAAAGAUCCCGCUCGCAUUGGUGCUGCGCACGCCUUCUUGGCCAAUCACACCCGAGUCGCACACAUCCUGGAUGUUCUCUUUGCUGAUGACCGCAUCACCCGGUUGGGACUGGACCUUGCCGACAUUCUGCGACUGAAUCUCCCACCCACGCAUUUUGCGCGCGUUUGGUACUACAACAAGGGUUAUGUUGCAAGUGUUGCCUAUCUCAACCUCCUACACAACCUUCAGCUGCGAAUGCUGCUUCCACAGGGUCCUGUAGGUAGACGAGCAAGAGCGAAAGGCGUGGAGCAUUCUAAUUUUGCCAUCGUUGCGUCUAUGCAUCCAAUGGCUCCGCCGAAAGUGAAGUCCAGUGUUUUGAAGCCCUUUCAACUAUCUUCACUGACGAUUCAACUGCUCAAAUCCUUUGGUAUUAUCCUCGCUCUUUCUUGUGUUUCCUCCAGUUUCGUCGUCUUUCUCAUCCGGGAGCGAUGUGUGGGCUCGAGGAGUCUCCAAUUCAUGUCAGGUCUGAAUCGCACCAUAUACUGGCUCUCAACCUACAUCUGGGAUGUGUGCAACUUCCUUGUCCCCGUGAUUAUUAUUGUUCUUAUCUUUCUAGCCUUUAACGAGGAGGCUUACGUGGGUAGAGACAGUGUGGGUGGCUUCAUCGCGAUAAUGGUGAUAUUUGGCGUCUGUGUCAUCCCCCUCAUGUAUCUCUUCACCUUCGUAUUCCGUGUGCCAAGUCUGGCCUUUGUGGUUCUGCUGGCUGCUAACCUCAUGAUUGCCGUGGUCACUUCUGUGACUGUGUUCAUGUUGGACAUGGUUCAGUCUGAAAACGACUCAGUGAAGCCGGUUAACGAUGCGUUGAAGAAGCUUUUUCUCGUCUUCCCCCAGUACGCUUUCAGCAGGGGCUUCUACGACCUGGCCUUGCGACAUGCGAUGCAGAGCUUCAAACUGGAUAUCCUCGUUGAGACCGACCUUUAUGGCUGGGACAUGCUCGGCUGCAAGAUCACUAGUCUGCUUUUGGAGGCUGUUCUCUCCUUUGUCGCAGUUCUUGUUGUUGAAUACAGUGCAGGUAGGGGUCGAUGUCUCCGACGUCAGAAUGCUCAUGUCGUCGCUACGGUUUCCUCCGUGGAGGGGUGGAUGGAUCAGGAUGUGAUGGAGGAGCGUCUGCGCGUCUUCAACGUGAGUCGUUUUCUUGGAUGAUGUUCAGUGGUUGAUAUUAAUUGGUUUUCUGGAUCUCAUGGUUUCUAUGACCACGUACAGACCGGUCUGGCUAAGAUACGUGCAUUCUUUUCCCCAGUUUCUUAAAAUAUUUUCAUAAUUGCAUGGCCGACAGAGCCUUGGAGCGACUGUGCCCUGAAGUAGCUCGGUCGAGCAGUUAGAAACUUAGAAUCAUUGAAUGCCGUUUGGGUAAUUGAUAUUGAGUGGAUCAUAGUUGCGUUCGUCCACUGGAUGGAGACUUUUUGGGUGUUACGUGCGUACGUGGACAGCCUUUACCCUGAAAGCGUAUUUCCCACAAAUAUGGAUUGAUCUUAACGUCCAGUUGCCCGUUUUAUCAUAGGGGGCAACUCAUUUUUUCCCAAAUAUGUCGCCGAAUGUUACAGCUGGGCUAGCUGCUGCUUUCAGCUUGGUUUUGGCGUUACCGUAGGGGCGGCUGCAUCGAACGGUUUCCUUGGUAGCUUGACUACUACGCGCGUGAAUGCGGUACUCAUUAGUCUGAUGUGUAAGUUUGGAUUUUAGUUCCACAGGAUGCGGGUUUUCCUGCUUGUGGUUAGCGUGUGACUGGCUGCGGACUGCAAAUGAGUGAGAAUGUGCCGUCUUGGUUUCAUUUGUCUUCGUCACUAAAGCCAGUCUUCCUAAGUGAUACUUCCACUAGAAUCGAUUGUAAUAAUAUUUUUUUAAAAUUAUAAACAGCAUUUGAAAUAUUGGGAUGGACCAGCAUUGUGAGUCACUGACUGAUGAGGGAAAAUGCGCCAUGAGUGAGAACUGCAGUGCCCCAUGUCUUGGCCGACACGAAGUCUCAAAUGCUAAUCCCAUUAUUAUUAGUAGUAUUAAUUGUUGCGGCGGCGUGUAUAGUGUCUCGGGGUGGGGAGCACGCUUUUUUGGCGUGACUGAUUGUUCCACGGUCAUGGUGCAGGUGGCGAUUGCUCCGCGCGAUCUCUAAUUGUGGCCAAACUCUCAUUUCUGCUUUCACGAACGUGUGUUUCGUACAGCGACUACAUUUCUGAAACCGCUUCGGCCGGUGAGUUGAGUCAAAUGACCGGUGUGGCUGUUUAUUUGGAUCUUGGCUCAGUCAGUUAUGCAAAACCUGUCGUGUGACGGUGCACGUGUGUUAGGCCAAGUCGGACAUUGCUUUUGGGCUCAUAUCCUCCAACCGUCGGAAGUCUUCACAGCGAGCGACAGUAAUCUCAUAGACAGUUCAGGCUGAUUCUCGUUGUUUUUCGGUUAAACACACAUUGGCACUAGGCGGCCGCCAGUCUCAGCGGUUCUAAUUAGGAAUCGCCUUCUACCCCCUCGCGAGGGAAUUCGCUAACGCAGUAUAAUACGAAUGCCAUGCAAAUCAGGAACCAUUAACCAAUUUUCUAUCUCUCCUACCAGAAUGACCUCACACACUCGCAGCCAGAGUAGUGCUGUUUAUGUCCAACUGGAAGUCUUUUAGCACUGACUCACUCCUAGCCGCAACUAACGAGUAGGGGAUUUCACUGUUUUGCCUAUACAAACGCAAAUUAGACCGGAAAGUUUUGAACAGUCAUCAAGGCACUCUCCCGCCCCCUCUCCCUUAAGUCAUGAACGCACAAUGCACCCUUGUCCUAAGUGGUUGUGGACCUCCUCACCUCCAACAGGCAAAUUGCCCAAGUACGCGUAGGGUGCUCGAAAAGGCCGGCCAACCUGACAACUGCAAAUAGCUUCAAUGAGUAAAUUUUACCCAAUUGGACAGGCCAUAUUUACAGUGCGUGACCGAUCUCAUAAAAUGUUGGCCGAAAUUCUGAAAUUCGUUUUCGGUUAAGAAUGAUUACUUAGGUGGGGUUGUUAUAUUGAUUAGCAUGCGGCAUAAUCCUAUAGGAUUUCGGACUCUCCAGACUGUCGGCCUUUGGAUUCACUCCUUCUUGACCCCAUGCAGAUACCGCACUCGGUAAAAAAUGACUAUUUGAGUAGCAUCCACUUUUUCAUUGAUUUUCGAUGGUCAUGCAAAUUCAAAUAUAGUUUAAAGAAAACGUGCACUAAAAUAAGCUCUCUUUUACUCGUUUGGUAGAAAAUAAUAUUGUCUUUGCAUUUUAUGCACGAAGAAAGUGUAUAUUUAGAUUUUAAAAACGUUUCCCAAUGCCUGAAUAUUUUUGAGCCUGGUCUUCCAUGGCAUCAGUGUUCAGCGAUUUCACUCAACAAAGGGCAUGCUUUCCGCGUAAGGAAAACCAUAUAUUCCUCUAUGUCUUUAAGAAGAUACCACAAGUUCAUAAAAUUUCGCAAUGGAGCCGAACUGUGUUGUACAUUUCAAGAGGAGCAAAGGUAAACGGACAUGUGCGGUCCUGUAUGCACAAACAUCGCAUGGUCUAAAACAUCUCAUAAUUAGAAGCUUUUUAAAACUUAAAUAUACACUUUCUUCGUGCAUGAAAUGCAUAGACAAUGUUAUUUUCUAUCAAAUGAUUAGAAGAAAGCUUAUUUUCGUGCAGGUUUUCUUUAAAAUAUAUUUGAAUUUAUAAGACGAUCGAAAAUCCAUAGGAAAAAUGCAUGAUACUUAAGUGGUCAUUUUUUUCAUCGAGUACGGUAUUUGCAGGAGGUCAAGAAGAAGUGAAUCCAAAAGCCGAUAUCCUGGCGAGUCCUAAAUGUUAUAGGAUAAUGCUGCAUGCUAAUCAACAUUACAACCUCACUUAAGCAAUCCUUCCUAAUAGAUCUCAUUUCAUGAGAUCGGUCACGCACUGUACCUAACUCAUUUAGAUGUUACUGAUAGACCAGAUAUACGGUAACUGGCUUUGCGCCUGAAGCCCCAGCCGAGCAUCUGAAAUACGACUUCCGUUAGAAAGAUCGGUAACAAUCGGGAGAGGGCACCCAAAAAAAUACUGCCGGCCAAAGCAGCGACCUUGUCGCAACUGUCCUAAGCUAUGCAGCCAUUGACUGAGCCGCACACUGGCAACUGCGGUAGCUCCUGAUAUCUGGAAGUAAUGGUAUGGAUUGAUAAUCCAAGUGCUCGGUCAACGGCGAUCGUAUUGCAAUUGUCCGUAGGUAAGCUACUAUAGAAUAAUUCGCAUAGGGACUACUGCGGUCGCUUGUCAGCAGUGGAGGCCCAUAUUAAGGUUGUUUAACGUAGGGUGGGUCUACGGCGAUCGUUUUGCAACUGUCUAAAGGGUAUGGUGCCAUAGAUUGAGCCGCAUACCUACAACUGCGGUCAUUCCUCAACUAAGGAAGAAAUGGCCAUAAUGGAUAAGCCAAAGGGCUGGUCCACAGCGAUCGUAUCGCAAGUAUUUGAACGUAUGUUACUAUAGAUUAAGCGCAUAUCGAGUACUGCGCUCGCUUUUCAGCUGUGGAAGCUAAUGUCAAGGUUGGGAAACAUAGGAUUGGUCUUAUGCGAUAAUUGCCCAACUUUCCUAAGCUAUGCUGUUCUAAAGUAAGCCGCAAACGGACUAAUGUCGUCGCUCGUGACCUAAACAAGCAAUGGUCUACAGCGAUCGUCUCUCAACUCUUCUAAGGUAUGCAAGGGUAAAUUUAGCCGCAACCCCACUACUGCUGUCACUCUCCAGCCGUGUGAGCCUAGGUCAAGGUUGAUUAACCAUGGCUCGGUCUGCAGCGGUCGCAUCUUAACUGUUGGAGACUAUGAUAAUCUGAGGCAACAUGUACACUGCAGAUCAGAUAAAAUUGAGGUCGGAUGGAACGACGAAUAUGUUGGGACAUACCCUGCUCAAAUAGGUAUAGCAGGUAUUAUUUCUAAGUAACGGGUAUUUGGGUGCCCUCUCCAAAUUGUUGCCGAAAGAUUUACCUACAUGAGGUUGCAAAGAUUGAAUGGCAUGGUGCAAAAUCAAAAGGUAUUUAAAUCAUGAUGAUUACCGAUUUGUGAAUACGUAGGCUUCCAGCUGUCCGUAGAUAAUUCUCUGCUUAGGACGGCCAAUUAAGUAGUAUGCUCUUUUCAUAUCGUUUCCGAUCCCAUUAAAAAUCCAAACACAUGUCAUAGAAAGUUUCUCAAAACAUAUUUUAUUAUAAGACUUAUUGUGGCUGCGAGAGGUCUAUUCAUACAGCAUUGUAACAGUCCGUUGGUAAGUACUCUUAAUAAAGCGUGCCACGUACUCCAUCUCUAUUAAAAAAUUUUACGAAUAAAGGCGAAUAUUCUGAUUGCAGGUGUCUACAUGGGUAAGGAGGAGAGUGUUAUUGGCCCUACGUGGCUUUUCCUACCUGGAAUGGGUACACCGUGUAGUUAGGAAACCCUCAACGCUUCUGAUACAGAAGUUCAGGUUCAAAAUUAGUCCGGAAAUGGACAACAGUUUCGCAACAGAAAAACGUCGUUCUUUCACGAAAAAAAUUUUACGAUGGCAUAAUUUAUCAAAAGCGCUCUAAAUAUAAUGUGCUCGGAUUUAUAUUAGCAUAUAAAGUCGAUGGAAAUGCUCAUGCUAAUUAUCUUGUCGUUCAAAAGCCAGCAUGAAUGAGUUAUCGUGGGAUUAUGCCGCAUCGUAAACUGUAUGACAACCUCAGCAAAGUAAAGCCUUCUAACAUAAGUCGCACAUAAGAAUUUCAAUUAGUACUUCUUGCUCGUAUUCGGCUUUGCUGUCUCCGUGACUCGUGUAAUCGCGGUCAAUUUAGCACAAAACGGACGCCACGAACUGCAGCACGGUACAUUGUAGCAAUUGCUUAAGCGCGUAAUUGCGACUGUCUUAUUAGUUCCCAUGAAAGGCAACUCUCUAUUCAACCACUGCUGACGAUAACUAUUUACCUCUCGACUUGAUUUUCCACAUUCAUUUGCAAUGAUUUGACUUAAACUCCUGGUUUAAGCCAGAUCUAGCUAUGAUUAAACUGUUUUGAGACGUUCGGGAAGUUUUUGUGUAGUAGAGACACCGACCAACUUUCGCAUGCAAUAUCUGAUUGUCUGAUUGAUCAUCGCACAAAGAGCGCGCAUUAGGUCACGCUUGUGUAUCGUUCUCGUACUAUGGAAUCGCCGGUCGAUACAACGCCUGCCGUCUUUAAUACAGAUGCAUUAUGCUAAAAUGCAAACAGUGGGCCACAUGGAUAUAAGACCAUGCAGCAGCAUUUGUUCGACUGUCUCUGUCAAAAGAAACCACAUCUCUCCGACCCUUUCUGUUCAGUCAAGUAUUCAGCCACAAAGCCCGUCCCACGGUCUGUGCCCCUCCGGAUAUCGCUGGACCAGAUGAAACAACCGGUUUGACGACUGUGAGAGCCUGGGCUUUGCGUCCUGUUACCAACCGAUAUCAUUUAUUUCCUAAGCUCCUCUGUCUCCAUCUGAUACGUCCGUGAAGUCCAAUCAUUCCCUGGCGGGUUCGUCGUUGUGAGCGGUGGUUGGCGUCUCCAACCUCAAGCUGCCUCACGAGUGCUGGAUUUUUUUAUACUCCAUGCUGGCAGUUCCGGAGAGGAUUAUCACAAGAAAAUGAACGCGCGAUUACUGGGACAGUACAUGUACUAGUCUGAGCUUUCUAUCUCGUACAGGAGGCCAUCAUCAGGACUGUGUGAGUACGGCGUCAAAUGAGCAGUUUUUUAGUCAAACAAAGAAGAGGACUAGAAGUAGAGGGAGUGGUGUUUGCGAUAAGGCUGAGUCGUGACGGCGUCGUGACGGCGUGCACCCUUGGCUGGAAAUUUGGUCGCGCCUCUUGUCCGCGAAAACUAAACACAUGAUAGCAGGGGGAUAUACCGUGUCUGUUGGUGGAGUUGGCGUCAGACACCCCGGCCUCCAGUAGUUUUCGCCCUGUCUUAUUCAUGGUUUGCGUCAUUAUCCGCGUGCUCCUUGGAUUCGUGGACUUCCUGCAGGGUUGGAGUAGCGACCUGAGACAGGGUAUCGCCCUCCGGACUACCCGUUAGGGCUCCACUAUUUGCGAGCUAAGUCGUUGCCCGGUCUGUCCUGUAUAAUGGCGAGGACAGUCAAGGCAUGGGAUCUGAUAAGCGACACCAGAUUGUUCUGCUGCGUCUAGUCGGUCCUUCGUUCGCAGGAUUUUGGUGUACAUGGUAACUCGGACGAUGAGCUAUACCCCCGCCGAGUUCUGUAGCGGUACAUUCCGCUGCUUCUGGCACAUUCUUUAUAUACAGUAGAGGGUGGCAUAGUGUUGGUGGCUCGCUCCCGUUUGUUUCCCGUGGGCGCGUACGGAGGCAGCGGCGACAAAGCUGUUUGGGUGUCCAUUCUUUGCCAGUUGGUCCCGAAGAUGCCAUAGUUCUGGUAUUCUCCGAUUUACUGCAAUUCGUUUGUACCCUUUGGAAGAGUGCCCUAAUACGAGCGCGUUUAUGCGCGAUUGGGUGGUCGCUAUGGAAUUUGAGAGCCCGAGUCUCCACGGCUUCGUCAGUCGCUGCCUCCGUACGUGCCCACGGGGAACAAAAGGAGGGGAGACACCAACACUCUGGCAGUGAAACGGAAGACAAGGUUUCUGAAUUCCAAUAUCUUCGACGGGUAUUGAGAGCCACUGGCUACUCACGCAACUUGGUCAACCAGUGCGUACGCAGACAAAACUAGAAACAGUUAUAUUUGUGAUUCGGACCCAUUGCUCUGCCAGUUCCUGAACUGUCAUGUCAUCAUUCUGAUCUAGCUGGGCGAGUAACCGCGUACGCACAUCUGCAUCUACUGGCAAUAUUAACGACUUUAUUAAAAACGGUGCUUUAAUCUAUGCCCUGGUGGCCUGUUUUAGCUCGGCUUACAGAAAGUUGUCACAAACUCGACCGGCUAAAUCCAAAUAGUCCUCUUCAGGCUUACGUUCUGGCUUGAAACACUCUAAAUUUCAAUAGAAUAAUGAGUUUUUAAAUGGAGUAAUGCUUUCAAAUGUUUGACUGAUGGUUUCUGAGGUAGAAUAAACUUGACUUACCGCUCGUGUUCCCGCUGGGCCAGUUUUUGCAGCAUGAUUUCCACCUUCGUAUUGUCAUCGAGUUCUGCUACCUCCUCUUAAAACAGUCCUUCUUACUUUCGAAACCAGGCUUCGAAAUUCACGCCUCCUUCUGGAUCAUAAACGAGCCUGGUUAUCCAUUCCUCAAUCUGUAUCCUUUAGCUCUCUCUGGAUGCCGGUGCCCCAGUUCCGUUGCAUUUCUGUGAGUACCGCCACAAAGCUGGCCUACCGUGCCUCCAGCGUGUGCCUCAUUUGUUUUUUUUUGAUAUCACAUUGCUGCACCCGCGUUGCCAGUUUUUAUCGCCCCGCAAGUAGGUGGAACAGAGAGCUGGUCCGGAAAACAAGCACUAUAUUGACAGCCUGCAAACACGAGAGGGUUUCCUCCUACCCAAACUCGUCUUAUUUAUUUGGUCUCCUGAGCGCUCUGGAAUGUUCCGCCCUAUCGCAUGUCAACUGGUGACGAGCGUUCCAGAAACUUCCGGCCUGUCAUGAGGCGGUCGUUGAUUGGCCGUCUCGUGCGCGAGAAUCCCUUGCGAGAAAAUAUCAACUAAUCGAUCGGCCGCACGCGUGAGCAAAGGUAUUACGUGUGCUCGAUACUAUAACGCACUCUAAUUGGUUGUUCGCGCUGAUAGGCCGCGGCCGGCUUUGCCUGCUGCAUGGCGCGUGGCUGUGUCGUCGUCGUCGUCGUCGUCGUCGUUGUUUCGCCGUAGGCCGUGGCUCUGCAUGGUUUGCGCCCUCCGUAACGAAACCACCUUCCUCCGACCGUCCCUGCUCUAUAGUGGUAGUCAACCGUCCAGCCUUAAAGUCCGUCAUCAUGGUCUGCGCCACCCCGGAGGUCAAAGGACCAAAUGGAACACCAGGUUCAACAGCUGUGGAGGUCCUGGUAUUUGCGUUCCAUUGUCAUUCGACACCGCCUCCUCCAUAGGCUCCUCUGUCUAGAUCUGACAUAUCCAUCAAGCCCAAGCAUUCUUUGACGGGCUUGUCAUUGUGAGUGGUGGUUAGCGCCUCCAACCCAAUGCCGCCCCAUCAGUGCUGAACUUUUUUCGACUGCCUGCCGCAAUUUCUAAGAAGAGAGAGAGAGUGUUCACCAUACAAGGUGUUUGAGAGAAAAAAUACGUUACUAUUAUUACUCAAUCAGUCAAUGUUGGUAAGAUCUUAUUUCGCAGCCGCACCUGUUAUGGGUGAGGUUAGGGGUUUGGAAUUAAGGUUAGGGUUAAUGUUAGGGGUUAGGGUUAGGGGUUAUGGUUAGGGGUUGGGUUUAAUUGUUGAAGUUAGGGGAUAGGGGCUGGGGCCAGGGGGUGAGAGUUUGUGGUUAAUAGUAAACUCCUUAUUAACAUCGGUCCCGUAUGACAGGCGACUGGGGCUUGUCUACUGCAGGCGCAGCUGCGAAAUAAGAUUGGACUCUAUUUUUAUACACUUCGCUUACUUAUAACAAAAAGCAACUAUUCAAAAGAGUCAUUUCUAGCGGCAAUGAUGUGCUUCACGGUGUACUCGACUUCUUCUUAACUUGGCAUACUUCAUUCGGUGGAAUCGAGGACAGACUGCGUAGUUUAUAGUAUAUUCUUCACAGUUGACCCCUAUCCCUAAACAAGAUAGGGUUUAAGUAACAUCCAGAGGGUUUAAACUUUUUGACGAACCCAAGCAUGCUCUGUCGUACAAAGGAUAAUAGUCACCAACUUGAUGGGGUCCUCCCAAAAUGCACCCUUGUUUAUUGUAGUCUAGGAGACGCACCUGUGCCGUUGUUUAAAUACCUAAUGGCGGUAGAAAUAGUUGAAAGGCGCACGAGGAAUUGUCAGCCAUGUGAUUUUAACAGAAGUAUUGACUUAGUAUUAUGUUUUUAAUUGCAAAGACGUGAAUGAGUGUGCGUCCGUCCAAAGCAUACCUGAACUGCUAUUCCACUCCCUCCGGCUGACGUUCGGUAGACCAGACGUAAGCAUCGGCUGAUACCUCCUCGGUUGUGAUCACGAGAUCUGUCGCUUUAUGAACGGUGUUUUGGCGUGAAGUGCCACUUUAUAUGCAUUUUAGACUCCAGAUUAAGCAGAGAGAGGGCGACGCUGCACUUCAUCCACACAAGCUGAUGAGAGUUUUGGUUUAAAAAUGCGGAAAAAAAUUGACAUUCAUUCUAAACUUAUCAGCAUGGCACGAAAUUUUGUUCCACUUCAACUAUAUCCAGAAACAUUAAAUAAUAAAUGCUCGCAGACGCAUUUACUCACAGAUAUACUCUGUAUGGCGUACACUUGAAAUACUAAACGAACUUCUGUAACAUAAUUGCGGCUAAAAAGCAUUUCUUAUGGGGAUAUGGUAAUUCAUUCGCUCCAGGAUACCGGUCUUCGAAUGCACGUCUUCCCGGCGGUCUGUAAAAAGCGCACCAGCGGAUCAUUGAAAGGACUAUUAACAUGCUACUAACAUAAAUUCAACAGACCCAGGCCAUUCAAGUCUCCUUUGUCUUUGUCGGUAAUAAAAUACUGUCUAGAUCCUUUUAUGUACAUUUAAUUUGACCCAGAUGAAAAUGUACUCAGUAAGAAUGCAGCGAUCAUCGUUUUCGCCGUUAUUUCGUGGAUGUCACAUCUUUUUCACAUUUAUGUUCCCCCAUUAGAUUUAUGCAAUCUGCACAUUAAAGCCACACGUAACAUUUUUGCGAUUUAGUUAUUUUCAUGAAUACCUGUUCCGUUUAAAUGAGGUCUUAAGGGCUUCUGUCAUCUACUCCAGAUUUACUGACUGAUAGUUAAAAUGAGUUCUGAAGCAAUAUAAUGUUUUGACACUGAUCUUAUGUUGCUAUAUAUUAGUAUGAAAGUCCGUGAUCAUAAAAAAAACUGUCAACCACAAUGCUACUUAAGAAUUCAGAAGACAUUUUGGCGAGCAUACGCAAGCUUUCGAUAAAUUCUCAUCAGGUCUGAACAUUUAACUUUCUGUCGAAAUGAUUAAAAUAAAAAUGUGGACAAGUAGAAGUUAUUCGGUAGCUGAGGUUGGGGGGGGGAGUCUGGGUGGGUGAGGUCAAAAACAAAAUGACCGUCAGUGUCAGGUGGGGGAGAAUGGGGUGACGGACUACUUGAGAAGCUAUUUCCUGGCCUAAGCGGUCUCAUAAAUACAACGAUUUUGGAUUCAAACUAUUCCAUUGCUUCAAGUUAAAUCCGAAAAACACAUAUCUCCCUAAAAAAUCAGUGCAUGAAGGGAUAUUUUUGCUGGGUUUCUCCAAUUCAUGUUUGGAUUUAUAAGGGUACUAAAGACUAAUAAACAAAACUCACUGGCAGUCACGUGGAAAUCGGUUAUCAGUAAUCAACAAUGGCCAGAAAUAACCAUUCUGGUCGGGCAAUAUUUCCUUCUAUCCAGCGUUUGAUAGCACGACUGGUGGUAAACUUUACUUUCGUGUAAUCAGGGAGUUAGGCUGUGACUGCAUUACCCAUUCCUCGAUCACACGAGGUUGCGGGAGUAUGCCGGAAUACAGCGGAUUAAGUCAUGUGACACAACAGAUAUACUGAACUACACGGAAUAAGGUAUUUGCUUGUGGCCUCCUUACAACAUACCGAUUCGAUAGGCGAGGGUCCAGCCGUGUCUGAAACUAGAGCCACCCCAUAUUCCGCAGCCGCUUAUUCGGCGGACCCAGAGGCCUACAUACUUGGUCCUACACCAUUAAACAACCGGGAAUGUUCCGAGUGGUCCUCAAUGCACUGAGUGGGGUUGUAGCAGUUAGUUCUAAAUAUUCGAACACUCUGGCUAAAGGACGCUUUCAAUGCAAUUAUACCCGUUGCCUACAUUUUUCCGUAUUCUCGCAAUAGACGAGAGACAGCAGAAUUAUAGUAUCUGGUUCCCAUCUCCCAGGGACAACUCUAACUCCUUUUCGCCAUUACUCAACACUUUCCAGUAUGUCAUUUCAUCGGGUUUUGUUUUCCAUUCUGUCCAUCGCAACAGGAUGGGAGUAAUCAGUCAAACGACAUUAUCCGGAUGAAGGGAGUGACCAAACGCUAUCCCCGGAAGAAGCUGCCCGCCGUGGACGAUCUCACUUUCGGCGUGCGCCCCGGAGAGUGCUUCGGCCUGCUUGGUGUGAACGGAGCCGGUAAGACUACCACCUUCAACAUGCUCACCACGUCCAUCAAACCGGACAGGGGAGAGAUCUGGAUCAACGGAUGUAACCUGGAGACCGAGGCACGAAAGGCUCACACCCAGAUUGGAUAUUGUCCACAAUUCGACGCCCUGCACCCCCACCUGACUGGCUACGAGACUCUCCAGUUCUAUGCUCGCAUUCGCGGCUUUCCGGAGAACGAAAUCAAGCCUAUCGUAGAUGCUCUUAUUGAUCACAUGUCACUGAGACCCCACGCAGAGAAGAGGGCCUCCGCCUACUCGGGCGGCAAUCUCCGCAAACUGUCCACUGCCGUGGCCAUCCUCGGCAAUCCUCGAGUGCUUCUAUUGGAUGAACCCACCAGUGGCAUGGACCCCGGCGCCAAACGUUACCUCUGGGACGUGCUGAAGUCUCUCCUGCGCGACAACUGCUCCAUCGUGCUCACGUCGCACAGCAUGGAGGAGUGUGAGGCGUUGUGUAAUCGGGUGGGCAUCAUGGUGGCUGGACAGUUUCAGUGCUUCGGGACUGUGCCCCGGUUGAAGGAGCGCUUUGGUGAGGGCUACAUUGUUGAGGUGGAUGUACGCGCACCGGCAGAGCGGGUGACUGAGAGCCUGCGCGUCGCCCUGGGCGAGGAGAACGUGCAUCUGACGGAGUCCGUGGGCCAACGACUAACUUUCCAGGCCAGCACGCAGGUGCCUCUGGCAGCCCUGUUUAAGCAGCUGGUUGCUGUGCGCAAUACCGGCGAAGUGAAGACCUUCGCGGUGCGACAGGCUUCACUGGACUCUGUAUUCGUCAAUUUCGUCCGCAAACAGACGGAAGCCAAGGCUGCCGCCCUAGCGGAAUUGACGAACGAGGAGGAGGAGAUGCAACAGAAUGGUCAGGACGGUGACAUCUUCGACUGGUACGAAAACAGCGAUGAGGUGUCGGGGCAGGAUGGCCAUGAGAGGUGGAUUGAUUUCUAA